AUGAGCGACUCUGUAGGAACUCGGCAGGCCAGGAAUUAAUAGCAAAGAUUCAUCAACAUUAUUUUUCAAGACUAAUAUAUUUGUUAUUUACGGGAAUUUAAAGAAGGGAAUACCUCAAGGGUUUUUAUAUAUUUUAUUCCUAAAUGUCCAAUCCUAUUUACUGUGGGGCGAUUUAUUGCUUGUUUUUUACGGCCCUGGGCAAAUUUCUACACGGAAGAGAUUACAGGUUGCACGCGGGAAACCAGUGCGAGAUGGCGGUCGGCACAAGGGCUGAAUAGACAACUCUCCUACAAAACAAACUAAACGAUACGGUCGUUUGCUCACUUCGCUCUAUUGUUUUAUCUAUUACAUUCGGGGAGAUAGCAUCACGACAUGGAAGGGGGCAAGCCCACCAUUCCGCUUGUUUACCAAGCGGUGCAGGCUCUUUACCACGACCCGGACCCCGCCGGUAAAGAGCGAGCCUCGGUGUGGCUCGGCGAGCUGCAAAGAUCGAUGUACGCCUGGGAAAUCUCAGACCAGCUCCUGCAGCUCAAACAGGACGUGGAGUCGUGCUACUUUGCCGCGCAGACCAUGAAGAUGAAGAUCCAGACGUCGUUCUACGAGCUCCCGGCGGAGACGCACAAUGCCCUCCGCGACUCCCUGCUCUCUCACAUUCAGAGCCUCAAAGAUCUCUCGCCCAUCAUCGUUACUCAGUUGGCACUGGCCAUUGCAGAUCUGGCACUUCAGAUGGCCUCUUGGAAAGGAUGUGUCCACACACUCAUUGAAAAGUACAACGACGACGUCAGCUCCAUGACGUUUCUGAUCGAGAUCCUGACGGUUCUGCCCGAGGAGGUCCACAGUCGCUCGCUCCGUAUCGGGGCCAACCGCCGCACGGAGAUCAUCGAGGACCUGGCCUACUACUCCAGCACCGUGGUCACCCUGCUGACGACGUGUGUGGAGAAGACGGGCAACGAUGAGAAGAUGCUGAUCAAGGUGUUCCGCUGCCUCGGCAGCUGGUUCAACCUGGGGGUUCUGGACAGCAACUUCAUGGCCAGCAACCAGCUCCUCAUCGUCCUCUUCCAAGUGCUGCAGAGGGACGAGACGUCCACCAACCUGCACGAGGCGGCCUCCGACUGCGUGUGCUCGGCGCUCUACGCCAUCGAGAGCGUGGACACCAACGUGGCGCUGGCCAUGCAGCUGUUCCAGGGCGUGCUGACGCUGGAGACGGCCUACCACAUGGCGGUGGCCCGGGAAGACCUCGACAAAGUGCUGAAUUACUGUCGCAUCUUCACGGAGCUGUGCGAGACCUUCCUGGAGACCACGGUGAGGAGUCCGGGCCAGGGUAUGGGGGACCUCCGCACCCUGGAACUGCUGCUCAUCUGCGCUGGACACCCCCAGUACGAAGUGGUGGAGAUCUCCUUCAACUUCUGGUACCGGCUGGGCGAGCACCUCUACAAGACCAACGAGCCGGCCCUGCACGCCAUCUUCCGCCCCUACAUCCAGAGACUGCUGCACAGCCUCGCCCGCCACUGCCAGCUGGACUCCGACCACGAAGGAAUCCCCGAAGACACGGACGAUUUCGGGGAGUUCCGCAUGAGGGUGUCCGACCUGGUGAAGGACGUCAUCUUCCUCGUCGGCUCCAUGGAGUGCUUCUCCCAGCUAUACUCUACUCUGAAGGACGGGAACCCUCCAUGGGAAGUGACGGAGGCUGUUCUCUUCAUCAUGGCCGCCAUUGCGAAAAGCGUAGACCCUCAGAACAGCCCCACCCUGACGGAGGUGCUGGAGCAGGUGGUGCAGCUGCCGGAGACGGUGCACAUCGCCGUGCGCUACACCAGCAUCGAGCUAGUGGGCGAGAUGAGCGAGGUGGUGGACAGACACCCGCGCUUCCUAGGUGCUGUCCUUGACCCUGUGCUGAACUACCUGAUGAAGGGCCUUCGGGAGAAGCCCCUGGCGUCGGUGGCCGCCAAGGCCAUCCACAACAUCUGCUCGGUGUGCCGCGACCACAUGGCCCAGCACUUCCAGGGCCUGCUGGACAUCGCCCGCGCCCUGGACUCCUUUGCCCUCUCCACGGAGGCCGCCGUCGGCCUGCUCAAAGGCACGGCGCUGGUCCUGGCUCGCCUGCCCCUGGAGAAGAUCGCCGAGUGCCUGAGUGACCUGUGUGCAGUGCAGGUCAUGGCCCUCAAAAAGCUUCUUGCUCAGAAUCCCACCAAUGGGAAAACGGCCGACCCCACUGUCUGGCUGGACAGAUUAGCCGUCAUUUUCCGACACACAAACCCAAUUGUAGAAAAUGGACAAACACAUCCUUGUCAGAAAGUUAUUCAAGAGAUCUGGCCCGUGCUGUCGGAGACGCUGAACACGCACCAGGCAGACAACCGCAUCGUGGAGCGCUGCUGCCGCUGCCUCCGCUUCGCCGUGCGCUGCGUGGGCAAGGGCUCGGCCUCGCUACUGCAGCCCCUGGUCACACAGAUGGUGAGCGUGUACCAGGUGUACCCCCACUCCUGCUUUCUGUACCUCGGGAGCAUCCUAGUAGACGAGUAUGGCAUGGAGGACGGCUGCAGACAGGGCCUGAUGGACAUGCUGCAGGCUCUGUGCAUGCCCACCUUCCAGCUCCUGGAGCAGCCUCUGGGCCUGAGGAACCACCCCGACACGGUGGACGACCUCUUCAGGCUGGCCACCAGGUUCGUGCAGCGCAGCCCCGUCACCCUGCUAAGCAGCGGCAUCAUCGUCCACAUCAUCCAGUGCGCCAUCGCCGCCACCACGCUGGACCACCGGGACGCCAACUGCAGCGUGAUGAAGUUUGUCCGCGACCUUAUCCACACGGGGGUCAGCAACGACCACGAGGAGGACUUUGAGUUGCGGAAGCAGCUGAUCGGCCAGGCCAUGGAGCAGCACGGCCAGCAGCUAGUCACCCAGCUCAUGCACACGUGCUGCUUCUGCCUGCCGGCGUACACGCUGCCGGACGUGGCCGAGGUGCUGUGGGAGAUCAUGGUGUUCAACCGGCCGACGUUCUGCCGCUGGCUGGAGGUGGCACUGAAGGGCCUUCCCAAGGAGACGACGGGCGGGGCCGUGACCGUCACACACAAACAGCUCACAGACUUCCACAAGCAGGUCACCAGCAGUGCGGAGGAGUGCAAGCAGGUGUGCUGGGCCAUCCGAGAGUUCACCAGACUGUUCCGAUAGCCACGCCUCCCGACACUAGCGCCGCCAGGACACCACCAGGUUAAAAUCUUUUGUUUGGACGACAUUCAGAGGUGACGGCAAAAAUUUUAAAACGAACACUGAGGACAGCAGACGAGAACCUAAAGGGAACUCCGACUGGAAGGUUGGCUGGACUUUGCAAAUCAGGGGCAGGGGGGAAAUCGCAAGAACGCAAACUCAUCUACCCGCGUGAUUUGAGCGACAGGGUCAAAAAGAAAAUAUAUAUACACAUAUAUAUAUAUCUCUAUAUAAAGUUUGCGUGGAGCCCAAGGAGACGGGCCUUCCCCCGCUCUCUAUAACCCCACCCCCCCACCCCACACCCGCCCCGCCCUCCCUCCCUCCCUCCCCCCUUCACUUACUCACUCAGUCAUCACCCAACCAACCAACCAAUCCACCCAACCACCCAGACACCUCCCCCCUCGCGGCCCAUUCAGGUGCUACGACGCCUCACCGUCGCCCUGGCAACACCCAGUAGGCAGCGCGGACGGACGGCCGGAUGGAGCGGGGCCCAGAGAGGAGGAGCCCACCAACCCACGGGCAAGGCAGCAAAAGGAGAUUAGCAGCCAUCUGCUGGGGGGGGGUCCCCAUUAAGACUUGUCCCAGAAGAGUUCAACUUUAAGCGGAAGGAGAGCGGACGCGUGCCGAGGAGAUGGAGAUGCCGAUAAAGAGAGCCCAACCUCAACCCACAACAACAACAAAGGAUGUGCCUGGUUUCAAAACAUGGAAAUGCAUCAAAAAGACGUUUUUUGAGUUUUUAAGAAAAAGAGAGCUUUAUUUUCAUGGAACAUGUCUUUAGAACAUUUAAUGUGGUCGUUGUGUGUGCGCGAGCGCGUGUGUGUGCCAUAUCGGAAGAGUGCAACCGCAAUCCCACGCUUGCUCUUCAACGAAUGGUGGCCGGUGCCUGUGGCGGCAUUUAGAUGGUAGAAUCCGGGGGGGAAAUGCUGAAAAUUUGGCGUCACCUUUGACUUUUUUUUUUUUUUUUUUUAACAUGGUUGGCUGGAAUUUUAGUUAUCCCUUGCCAGGGGAUCAAACGCUGAGACAAAUAUGGUUUGAACUCGGUCGGCAAAAGAAAAAACCUCUUUUUCUUGUCAUGUGUGUGUGAGAGUGAUUGUGUGUGAGAGUGAUUGAGUGUGUGUUUGAGUGUGCGUUUGACAGUGUGCGUGCGAGUGUACCUGUUCUUCCAGUUGGUAUCGUCCAAACCAUGGGAGGAACGGACACCACAACAUCGAAUGAUGUAGCCUUGUUGUAAACAAUUAAAAAGGAUGGAGGAGAAAA